GGAACCGGCUGUUCAGGGUCCCACGGUCCACCCCCACCUCAUCGACGUAUCUGUUGUGCCAGUCUGUCAUCACCCUCUUCUCCAAUGGAUGGAUGGAAGAUGUUACGCUGUUUGUCCAUGAGGAGAUGGGGGCAUCCGCCUGCUCCGCUCCAGAGCCAGCCGAGGCGAAUGUCCUGAUAACGCGUCGAGCUCCUGCGGAGCGUCGCCUUAAAAUCAUCUCACCCUUGCGAUACUUGCUCUCUCACAUGUCCUACACAGUCACCCCCAUCAGAUCACCAUCAUCAUGCCUCUCUCUGUAGACCUUGAAGCCCCCAAUGGGCGCAAAUACACGCAGCCCACGGGUCUUUUCAUAAACAACGAGUUUGUCCCUUCGUCGAGUGGGAAGACGAUUACCUCGAUUGACCCAGCCACCGAGAAGGCCAUUGCUUCCGUCGCCGCAGCCAACGAGCAAGAUGUCGACAAGGCCGUGCAAGCUGCGAAGAAGGCGCUGCAUGACCCUGCCUGGGCAGACCUUGCCCCGACUGACCGCGGACACCUCAUGUACAAGCUCGCGGAUCUGGUAGAGCAGAACCGGGAGAUGCUCGCGACGAUUGAGGCCUGGGACAAUGGCAAAACGUACGCGGACGCAUUGGAAGGGGACAUUGUGGAGGUUGUCACGACGUUUCGCUACUACGCCGGCUGGGCGGACAAGGUGUUUGGUCAGACAAUCAGCACCACCCGCCAGAAGUUUGCCUAUACCAUCCGUCAGCCCAUUGGCGUCGUUGGCCAGAUCAUCCCGUGGAACUACCCAUUGGGCAUGGCCGCCUGGAAGCUCGGUCCGGCCCUCGCGUGCGGUAACACGAUUGUGAUCAAGGCAGCGGAGCAAACGCCGCUGUCCAUCUUGGUCCUGGGAACCUUGAUUAAAAAAGCUGGCUUCCCACCGGGUGUCGUGAACAUUAUCAACGGACUCGGUGCGGAGGCUGGCUCGCCGCUGUCGCAACACCCACUAGUCGACAAGAUCGCCUUUACGGGCUCGACAGCCACAGCUAAGCAGAUCAUGGGCGCUGCCGCCAAGACGCUCAAGAACAUCACGCUAGAGACCGGUGGCAAGUCGCCGCUUAUGGUCUUUGACGAUGCAGACCUCGAGCAGGCGGCGAAAUGGGCCCAUCUCGGCAUCUUCUCCAACCAAGGGCAGAUCUGCACAGCUACAUCCCGCAUCCUCGUGCAGGAGAGUGUGUAUGACAGCUUCAUGGAGACGUUCCUCAAGACGAUCAAGACCGUCAGCAAGGUGGGAAGCCAAUGGGAGACCAACACAUACCAGGGCCCGCAGGUGUCAGAGGCCCAGUAUAAGCGCAUCCUGGAGUACAUCAACAUUGGCAAGGAUGAGGGGGCCAAAGUGGCUACCGGCGGGAAGACCCUGCGUGAGGACCAGGGCGGUCAGGGUUUCUUCAUUGCACCGACCGUGUUCACGGAUGUCAAGCCCUCGAUGCGUGUGUUCAAGGAGGAGAUCUUUGGUCCGGUCGUGACCGUGUGCCGCUUCAAGACGGAGGAAGAGGCGCUGGCACUCGCCAACGACUCGACGUACGGACUCGGGUCGUCCAUCUUCACAAAGGAUAUGGAGAGGGGUCACAGGAUGGCCGAGCGGAUCGAGGCGGGUAUGGUCUGGAUCAACAGCAGCCAGGACUCGGACCCGCGGAUUCCGUUUGGCGGUGUGAAGCAGAGUGGCAUUGGGAGGGAGCUUGGUGAGGCUGGGCUGGAGGCGUACUCGCAGAUCAAGGCGGUGCAUGUGAAUAUGGGGAGUAAGUUGUGAGUGGACGGACGGAGAGUUAGGAGGUCUGUAUCAGAACGCAAAAGUGACUCAGCAAGUUCUCGGGUGAUAUUAUUCUAGCAAGUCUUUCACCUUGUAGCCAGCAGUGUU